UAAAAAUUUAUCAGACAUUUACACUUAACGUGUCUAGUAAAGACCUUGUUAAUGUUACUAAUUUAAAAAAAAAAUUAUUAUUAUUUGAACAAUUUUUGUGCUAAGAAUGGUAACCCUGCGACUGCGCAGACAGGAUGGUAACGGUGUAAACAAAGGAAAAGGAAACACCGUUUUAAAACUCACAGGCUUGAAAAUAUCUUGUGACUGUCAGGAUACCAUGAUGGAUGAUUCAGUUCUUGAACCUGUGGAUGCCAUACAUUUGGCAACCGUCUUGGAAGACUGUGUAGAUCAACUAGCAGUAUUGGGACGGAUAAUGCCCCAUACCUACGAGCUGCGCAAAGAUGCUGCAGAUAUUGUACGUGAUGAUAUUGCUCAGCUUGUUGAGGGCCAGAAGCAGCUAGAAGAGAAGUUUCUAAAGACAGUAAACAGGAAGUCAGAACUGCAGUCUGCCACAAAUGUUUCAAAGGUGCGUGCUGCCCAUCAUGAUGUCAACAGUGUUGGAGGAGACCUCAAGAACUCUACUCAUGUUUUUGCCCGGUCUCUACGCCAAAAUCCUUUGACAGGCGAUAAUAUUUCUAAAAUUCAAGAGGACAGAGCUUUUCUGGAAUUGGUAAUAUCAACUACAAUGGCAGAAUUAGCCCAGAAUCGUACUUUCAGCAUCCUGCAAAGAACAGUUGAAGAUGCGAGACAGCAUAAAGCCUCCCUACAAAAAACUAUACAACAAGAGGAAGAUGGUCGUAAACGAAUCAAGCAGCUCGUCAAGCAAAUUGCUGAUAUCAAAGUUGAGAAAGAGACUGAGCUUCAGAAACGUAAUGAAAUGAUUUCCCAUCUAAAAGAUCAGCUGCAGGAGAUGAAGGCAAAGAGCAAUAUGGAAGGGAAGUACAUUAAGAAGUGUGCGGACGUUGCAGUGGCCCAGACACAGAAACGCUGCAUGCUUUCUGAGAAAGAACUCAAGGAUGAAAUUGAGAGACUUCAAAGCAAGAUUGAUGAGGAGAACAGAGCAAGUUCUGAAAUAGAGAGUUUCCUACGCAGUCAUUCAGAAGAUCUGUCUAGAAAGUUGGAAUACUGGAUUGAUAAAUUCGAGAAAGACAAAGAUGCCAAACAGCAUGAACUAGAUGUCUUGAAGGCUACAAAGGCCAAAGAUCUUGAGCGCUUGCAGGACCUGUCCAAGCAGUACAAAGAGUAUGAACAAGUUGUAUUGGAAGACCGUAUUGAAAAAGAAAGGCUACGGCGCAAGCAAGAGCAGGAGGCUGUGGAACUUCGUGCCUGCAUAAAGAUUCAAGCCUGGUGGCGUGGUGGCAUGGUUCGCAAAGGACUUGGUCCAUAUUCUCAAAAGAAAAAGAAAGGGAAGGGCGGGAAAAAAGGAAAAAAUGGGAAAAAAUGAAGUAAACAACUUUUGGCAGCAUCGCUGGUUGUCUCACAUAUCAUCAUCCAGCGGUUUUUUGGAAGUGGUUUUACAGCACAUUUUUGUAGUGAAGAUUUUUUAAAAUAAAUUAUACAGAUCGUUAUACUGAGCAAGAGGUCUUUUUUUUACCUCAAGCAAUUUUUGUGAGUGGUUUCAUGUGACAUUCCUAUAUUGUUUUCCAAGACUUUGGAAGGCUGGAGUCAGUAAAGGUUUCUAAAACACUG